AUGGCUCACAAAUCAAGUCAUUCAUCUGAUCUUCAUUAUAAACCUGAAUUCAACAGGAUGGUGGUUAGCUUUCGUGAUGUUCUAACACUCGUUUCUCCAAAAUUAAAGAAGAGGCAUGUUGAAGACAUGGCCAAGCACAUUUCGAACAAACAAAAUAAACAUAAGAAGCUAUGGAAAUUGGUGUUACAAGAAGAUUCAGAUGAUGAACAAGUGGUUCCUGAAACACCACUCACAAAUGCUACACUGGGCAAUUCGUUACCUGUGAGGGAUUCCCUAGUUAAGUCGACUUACGAGGAGACUGGAAAUCUUGAUGGCAAUUUGGAAACUUCUACAAUGGACAAACCCAUCAAUCACAGUGAACAACCAACCAUUUCUAUUCUUGAGAAGGAAAAUAUCAUACCACCUGAAGUUUUGAAUACCGAGUCAUUUAAUGUGGAGGUUCGAACUUUAAUCAUCAAUGCAAACUUAUUUGAUACGGAUGUAAAUGUUAAUAAGGGUAAAAGAAUAUUUCAUUACGAAGCCCAAGUUAAUCCAUCUUUCAUUUUAUCCUCAUCUAUCGAAACUUCUGUCAUUGAUACUACUGUUUCAUUACCAUCUUUUAUUGUUCCAAAUUCAUCUCAUAUUCUUGCUUUCAAUCAUUCUCCUACUUUUGAUACAAUCAUCCAUUAA